GAAAAGAAGCAAAUUAAUGAAACCCAAGGUCAGGUUAUGAAGACCCAUGAAGCAGAUCUCUUUCACAAGCAUCUUUGAGAUGCCCAUCGGGGUGUCCUGUUCAGCCUGCUUGGUUCCACAGGGGGCAUGCCAGCACCCCUGGGCACCCCAUGCCUCUCAGCCUGCUGCCUGGCAUCAUCCCUCCAGGACAUCUGGCACGGGUUCCAACCAGACUGUCAUUUCCAGGUCAGUCUCCGCGUUUCUGCUGACCACGUUGCCUCCAUCAUGAGAUCAUGUCUUUCCAGAGGAAUCCUGCUAAUGCCUUCAUUCUGCGGGGCCGGUAUAAAUAGGGGGAGCUUCCCUGGGGCUGCACCGCGCACUCCAGCCAAGGCACCGCCGUCUCCCCAGCAGCGGCUCUGCCCCUUCCGCCCUCCCCUCGCAGCCACAGGUCUCAGCAGCAGCAGCAGCAGCAGCAGCAGCAGCAGCAGCAGCAGCAGCAGCAGCAGCAGCAUGGACAUUACCAUCCAGCACCCCUGGUUCAAGCGUGCUCUGGGACCCCUCAUUCCAAGCCGUUUGUUCGACCAGUUCUUUGGAGAGGGUCUCUUUGAGUAUGACCUCCUGCCAUUGUUCUCGUCCACUAUCAGCCCCUACUACAGGCAGUCCCUCUUCCGCAGCGUGCUGGAGUCGGGCAUUUCAGAGGUGAGGUCUGAUCGGGACAAGUUCACAAUCAUGCUGGAUGUAAAACACUUCUCUCCCGAAGACUUGAGUGUGAAGAUUAUUGACGACUUUGUGGAAAUCCAUGGCAAGCACAGUGAAAGGCAGGACGACCACGGCUACAUCUCCCGCGAGUUCCACCGCCGGUACCGCCUGCCCGCCAACGUGGACCAGGCCGCCAUCACCUGCUCCCUGUCCAACGACGGCAUGCUGACCUUCUCGGGCCCCAAGGUGCCCUCCAACAUGGACGCCGGCCACAGCGAGAGGCCCAUCCCCGUGUCCCGGGAGGAGAAGCCCACCUCGGCACCCUCCUCCUAAGCCGUGCGGGCUGCCACCGCCUGCAGGCCUCACUCCCAGAGCCUUGGCGUAGAUAUCAGUGAAUAUCUAGAGGGGUUUCUUCUGUUGGUUCCUCCCCCACUUUGUUUCCUCUUUUUUUUUUAAUGUUUUCUUUUUUUUUCUUUUUGUUCUCCUCCUUUUCCCUUGGAUGGAACGAGGGGCUGGGGACGAGCGGCUGGUGGACUUGGAAGCUUAAACCUCGUGGGGAUGGCAUGGGUGGCAGUGCUGCCAUGCUGCUGUACUUGCUGAAAGGGUCUUUGUCGGGUGCUGUAGCCCAUAUCCACCAUCAGGUGGGAAGGAGUGCACGAGUAACGCUGGCUCCUGGUGCACCGAGCCUUGAGGCGAGGCUCAGAACAGGGGAAAAACCCUGCAGAGUUGCUGUACCCCACUCAGAGUUAAACUGGUUACUCUCAAACAGCAACAGAGCCAAGCCCCACACUCAAGACCCCGCGUCCAUGUGACGAACCUGCCACGAGUUCCUUGCAACCGCAGGAGAAAUAAUAAUAACAACAACAAUAAUAAUAAUUAAUAAUAAUAUCUCACCAUCGGGGGGGUUGCAACGUGUAUUUUUUUUUUUUCUUUCAGCAAAGUGUGUAAGUGUCUCUGUUCACGCCUCUGCCCUGUCAUUUCCCUUCGGGACAGCUGACAGGAGGACAAGCACGUCUUUCCACUGUCUUUGUAGGCCCUUGGGGGUGGGAGAGGGGGGCUCACCACUGUGCAGAGGCUUCCCAUCCCCAGCCAGCUCUCCCCAGCCUGUGUGUGACACACCGUCUCCCUCGCUCUCUCCCUGUAACUCUAGGGUAGCCCCACCUCUCCCACUGGUAUCUGGCACUCAGCCUGGGAACGUGGUCAGUGGCGGUCAAUAAAGUGAUAUAGGAAACACGCAACCAGCCUUGGGGGUUUCAUUUCUGCCUUUGAGAGGCUUUGGAAGGUCACACAGAAUCACAUCACACAGGAUCACACAGAAUCACACAGAAUCACACAGAAUCACACAGAAUCACACAGAAU